CAACCAAACGCAUUCUUAACACUACAGUUCCCAGUGGGCUGUGCGCGAGAGGGCGGGCGAGUUCUUCUGCCGGAAGUCCUCUCUAGCCCUGGGUGCCCUAACGGCUGCGAGAGCCGGAGCUGCCCAAGAGCCGCGGGACCGGGGCCGCUGGGGUCCGGACGGGGUCACCAUGAUCCGCUUCAUUCUCAUCCAGAACCGGGCUGGCAAGACGCGCCUGGCCAAGUGGUACAUGCAGUUCGAUGACGAUGAGAAACAGAAGUUGAUCGAGGAGGUGCACGCCGUGGUCACUGUCCGAGAUGCCAAACACACCAACUUUGUGGAGUUCCGGAACUUCAAGAUCAUUUACCGACGCUACGCCGGCCUCUACUUCUGCAUCUGCGUGGAUGUCAACGACAACAACCUGGCCUACCUGGAGGCCAUCCACAACUUCGUGGAGGUCUUAAAUGAGUAUUUCCACAACGUCUGUGAACUGGACCUAGUGUUCAAUUUCUACAAGGUUUACACGGUCGUGGAUGAGAUGUUCCUGGCCGGCGAGAUCCGAGAGACCAGCCAGACGAAGGUACUGAAGCAGCUGCUGAUGCUCCAGUCCCUGGAGUGAGGGCGGCCAGCCCUUCCGCCCCGGCCUCUUGUUCCCUGCUCGCCCCCUCUCCGGCUGGGGCCGCCCGGCGCCCUCCCUCCCCGGUCCAGGAGGAAGGCCCCAGCUGGGCCUGGGCCACCAGGGAGGAGACUUCGGGCGGAGGCCACUCGCGUGUACCAAGUAACCAUGCCAUUGUCAUGUGAUGCUGUGAGUGCGUGUGUGGAACCCCCAAUAAACCUGUGGCCCCGCCUGG